AUGUUGUAUCAGCUCUGGCUUUUGCAGCAACUGCUAGUAUGGGCAGUGCCAUGGCUUGCCGCUACAGCCACGUCUGUUGGGGCAGACAAGACGGCUGUGUAUGCGAAAGACUUGCUUAACCAAUCCAUGGCGUUCAUGGAUAGGAACUACGACCCGGUCGCUGGCUACCAAUUCAACCUAAACACCGCUCUCCUGCACGAGACACGCUCAUCGGCAUGGUAUGCGGUUGGCCUUCUCGCCCGUAACGAAAAGGACGAUGCCGACCACGCAGCUAAGAUCCUCUCAAACAUCAUUGGUGGUCAAUAUCAUAAUACCAGCGAGCAGUGGUACGGCGACUACGAAGUCUACCCUGAAGGACCAUAUCCAGGGACCGAGGCAUAUCCAGCGGUGAUCUACAACUCUUGGGAUCCGAAUUGGAGGGGCUUCAUCGGCACUGCCUUUAUCAUCAUAGUGGAAGAGUUCGGUCAUCGACUUCCUCACAGCCUGGUAGACAGGGUGGUGAAGAGCAUCCACCUGAGCGCCCUAGGCGAUACAUACCGCGUCGGCGGCGUAGACGACGAUAACCUCUACCCCGCCUAUAGCAACGCAGCCAUCAUGAAAGCCGCCGUCGCAGGCUGGGUCGGUCGACGAGUCGGCGACAAGAACCUCACAGCGGAGGGCGAGAGCUGGGGCGGCGAGAUUAUCGAUUUGUUCAAUCGAAACCAGACCCUCUCCGAGUUCAACGGCCCGACAUACUUAGGCGUCUCGCUCCUCGCCCUCACGUUCUGGGCGAAGUAUCUCCCUUCCGACUCCGUUCUUGGAGCCAACGGCGCAAGAAUGAUUCGCGAGAUCUGGGACCUCACAGGUCAGCUGUACAACGCCGACAUGAAGAAUAUCGCCGGCCCCUGGGAUCGAAGCUACUCAUACGACAUGCAGCGAGCACUGGCCAUCGCAGGCUUGUGGAUCUGGAGUUUCGUAGGUCUGGAAGACGCACCGAUGUACCGCGUCCCGUCCGCCAUGGCGCAUGUCGAUGACUUUGAGAUUGGACCCCUCAUCUCCGUCCUGGCGCCGUACCAUCGCCAGUUCGUUGGCGAAAAGACGAUGGAAGCGUUCAGGACAUUUGGUGAGGAACAUUUCGUUCGUCGACAGGCGUUCUCCCCGCCGUAUGAUGCGUGCCCGAGGAAUAUCACGACGUGGAUGUCUGCGAACUUGACCAUCGGCGCUGAGAAUUUCGAAGAGAAUGUCGUGGGUGGACCGAGUGUGAACCCCGCGCAGUUCAAUCCGGCCGUGGUGCAGUGGUUGAGACGGGAUGGGAGUGCUGGGUUCGUCACGCUGUUUCCUGAGGUUGAGGCUUUGAAGGCUGUGGUUACGGAGGGGCGGUUGAAUCUCACUUAUCCGUUUGGGAAUGAGACGAGUCAGUUUACCCUGCACGUUAGUCCCAAUCCGCUGGGUGGUAGGAGGGAUGUGCGGUCUUGGGACGAUGUUGCGGGGGUCAAAGUGAAUGUUUCGGGGAGUGUGGAUUUGACGCCGACGGUAUCGUUUUGUGGUGUUGUGGGAGGGGAGUGUGAUCCCGUAAAUGACUUUGACCUCUGGAACUUUACCUACUCGAUGCCAGCCGGAAGCACAAAGCUACCAAACCUGAUACUCGAUAUCGAGUGGGCAGAGUAG